AUUUUUUGACGGAAUGCCUGUAAAAUAGAUGAUGUUGACCGCACGAGAUUCAGUCAAUCUGCGUUUCAUGAACGCUACCAGCUUUUCACUAUAAAAUUCAAUUUGCUGUUAGAAAAGAAGAAAUGUUGUACUAGAAUUCUUUUUGCUCAACAGAAAAAAUUGAUCUUACUCAAUUCGAAGCGAGAAAUUCGAUUUCUCAUUUCGAUGGGUCCGAUCUGUAAGGAUUAAAUAGGUUCUGUGGCUCCCCCUUUGAAAUCUCCCCGUUUGGAGAAGCGGGUCUUUGUUAGAAAAUUGCUUUGGCUAUCAGAGUACACAGAGUAUGGAGAUCAUAGAGAGAGUUUCACAGCUCAAUUCAGGAAUGAAAAUACCACGGAUUGGCUUUGGUACCGCUGCUUCACCUCAGAAUAUAAUUCAGAUGAAACAAGCUGUCGCUACAGCUCUAAAGGUUGGGUAUAAGCAUUUUGACACUGCCAGUAUUUAUGGCACAGAGCCAGCUCUAGGAGAAGCUCUGAGUGAGGCUUUUCGAAAUGGGAUUGCAAAGAGGGACGACGUCUUUGUGACCAGCAAAAUGUAUGCUGCUGACCAUGAUGAUCCUGUUUCCGCUUUGAAGACAAGCUUAAAGAAUUUGCAGCUAGAAUAUUUGGAUCUGUAUCUCAUUCACUGGCCUAUAAACUUGAGAAAGGGGGUUUCACAUCCAUCCCCUAAAGAAGAGGACUUUUUGCCAUUAGAUAUAGAAUCUAUAUGGAGGGGAAUGGAGCAAUGCGUAGAGCUGGGGUUAACUAAAUCUAUUGGCGUGAGCAAUUUCUCCUCUAAGAAGAUUGGUGAUUUGUUAAGCUACGCCAAAAUUUCUCCAGCUGUCAGUCAGGUGGAGAUGCAUCCCCUCUGGCAACAAAAGAAGCUAAGAGAUUAUUGCAGCAAUGCCAACAUUCACGUUAGUGCAUAUUCUCCUCUAGGAGCGUUUGGCACUUACUAUGGUUCCAAUUCUGUCAUGGAAAAUUCUGUUCUUCGAGAAAUUGCUGAAAAACAUGGGAGGACUGUAGCUCAGGUAUUGUUAAGGUGGGGAUUGGAACAGGGAGUAAGUGUUUUACCUAAAAGCUACAAUAGUUGCAGAAUAACUGAAAAUUAUCAAGUUUUUGAGUGGUCUUUAACUGAAGAAGAUCAUGAAAAGAUUAGUAAGCUUCCACAAAAGAAGAUCGUGAGAAGAGAAGGGCUCAUUAACUCAACUACCAGUCCUUACAAAACUAUUCAAGAUUUAUGGGAUGGAGAAAUUUAAGAUCAUUAACAAAUGGAGGAUAUGUUCGUGCUCUUCAAUUGAUCUGCAAACUUUUGAGAGUCGAUAAUUUUGAUGCUUUUUUUCAGUUGGAAGAAAAAUUCACACCCUUUAAUUUACCUGCACAUUUUUAAAGAAUGGGAUAUGUACGAUGUUUCUUUAGGACCUUUCCAAUCUUCUUUUCUCCAGAGAUCAUCUACCUUCCAAAUUUCGUUCUAUAAUUUGCUACUUCCAUAGGUUGCCUGGAAGAUGGUUUCUGAAUCUCUAUCCAGUUCCCAGCUUGUUCAAAUGUUCUUGCUUUUGUUUAAAAUGCAGUAAUUCUGGUUUAUUUGAGAUAAGCGAUAAAUCUCAAUAGAUAAGUCUUGCUCGGGGUAUAUUUUU